AUGCCCAAGAGUGACACUCCCGCGACCCGCCGCUCGGCGCGUGUUGCGAGCAAGGCUGCCGUGCCCUCCAAGCCUGAGCCCGUCAAGGCCGUAAAGGUGACCAAGCCCAAGGAGGUCAAGUCCAAGGAGUCCAAGGCUCCCAAGAGCAAGGAGCCCGCCGCUGAGCCUGAGCCUGAGGCCGAGCCUGUGGCUGAGCCUGAGACUGCAGAGCCCGCCGUCGAGGAGCCCAAGGAGGACAAGAAGGCUUCGUCCAAGAAGUCAUCCAAGGGGGCCGACAAGCCCGCAUCCAAGGACAAGAAGCCCCCCAGCUCUUCUGGUGGUCGCGGAGCCCUCAAGGAGGGCCAGACCCUCCCCAAGCUCACCAUCGAGGACAACACCGGAGCAGAGGUCGACGUCUCCACCCUCGCCGGCGAAAAGGGUGUGGUCAUCUUCCUGUACCCCAAGGCCGACACCCCCGGAUGCACCAACCAGGCGUGCGGCUACCGCGACGUCCACGACGAGAUUGCCGCCUUUGGCUACGACAUCUACGGUCUGUCCAAGGACAAGCCCGCGGCCCAGCAGAAGUGGAUCGACAAGAAGGACCUCAACUACAAGCUCCUCUGUGACCCGGAGAGCAAGCUCAUCAAGAAGCUCGGCGCCUUUGUCCUUCCCAACAACACCAAGCGCUCGCACUUCAUCUUUGAGAAGGGUUCCGGCAAGCUCGUCGACAUUGCUCUCGGUGUCAAGCCUGCGGACGACCCCACGAGCGUCCUCAAGUUCCUCAAGAACCACCACGCUUAA